AUUGCUACGUCACAAGGGCGUCCCUGUGGGGCGCCUGCGCCUGACCGCGCAUUCGUCCCGCCCCACGGGGCUGGGAAGCAAGCCUCUGGCCUUAGAGGGCUGUCCAACAUGGUGGACUACUACGAGGUGCUGGGUGUGCCUCGGCAGGCCUCAUCAGAGGCCAUCAAGAAGGCAUACCGCAAGCUGGCGCUCAAGUGGCACCCGGACAAAAAUCCCGAGAACAAGGAAGAAGCAGAAAGAAAAUUCAAGCAAGUGGCCCAGGCCUACGAGGUGUUGUCCGAUGCCAAGAAACGUGACGUCUAUGACCGCUAUGGUGAGGCAGGAGUGGAUGGAGGUGCCAAAGCCAACCAGGCUUCCUUCGUUGACCCUUUCGAGUUUGUCUUCACUUUCCGUGACCCCGUGGAGGUCUUCAAGGAGUUCUUCAGGGGCGAGGACCCUUUCUCAUUUGACUUCUUCGGAGGCCCACUUGAGGAUAUUUUUGGAUGCCAAAGGAGCUCCCAAGGAAGGAGAAGGUCUGAAUCCCUUUUCUCUCCCUUCAGUGAAUUUCCAGCUUUCAGGGGUGAUUUUUCUUCCUUUGAUACACAGUUUACUUCCUUUGGUUCCCUGGGAAAUGGAGGCCUUUCUUCUUUCUCAAUGUCUUGUGACAGCGGUGGAGCAGGCAGCUUCAAGUCCAUGUCAACUUCCACCAAAAUAGUUAAUGGAAAGAAAAUCACUACCAAGAGAAUCAUUGAGAAUGGCCAAGAAAGAGUAGAAGUGGAAGAAGAUGGAAAGUUGAAGUCCCUUUUGAUAAAUGGCGUAGAGCAGUUGCUACGCCUCAACACCAAGUAACUCCCCUUGAUUUGAAACACAUUUCGAGGAAUAGAAGGCCGUUUAAGAUGGCAAGUGAAAUCUACUUUCAGAACAACUGUAUCCAAAACGUUUUAAACAAUGCAUGAUAGUGCCUACUUGUUGUUAUUGUUGUAAUUACACGAAUAGGAUGUUUGUUUUUAAAACUGUUGAAAAUA